GAGUGAAGACCGCCGCAGCAGCAGGGGCCAGGAUUCGCCUCCCCCUCGGCGCCCGUGGGAUCGCACCAUGCCCGGGGUGCCUCGUUCGGACCCCUCCGCUUCCUUCACGGAGUCGGCAACCCCGUUAGGCGCCAGGAAGAAGGUGCAUUUUAGUAGCAUACAUGAUGCAGUACGCGCUGGAGAUGUAAAGCAGCUUUCAGAAAUAGUAGAACGUGGAGUCAGCAUUAAUGAAGUUGAUAUUCUCCAUAAAUUUACCCCUUUACAUUGGGCAGCGCAUUCGGGAAGUUUGGAGCCUGGCUCCCUAGGGUUCACCCCUGGGCCUCCAUAUUUUAGUGGUCAGCCAGUGACUUAUGAGAGCAUGUGCUUAAAUACCUGCCUUCAUUGGCUCCUCUGGCAUGGAGCUGAUAUUACACAAGCAACUAUGAGAGGCUGGACAGCAGCUCACAUAGCUGCAAUCAGGGGUCAGGAUGCUUGUAUGCAGGCUCUUAUAAUCAAUGGAGCAAAUUUGGCAACUAAAGAUGAUCGUGGUUGCACUCCUUUACAUCUUGCUGCGACACAUGGACAUUCUUUCACUUUACAAAUAAUGCUCCGGAGUGGAGUGGAUCCCAGCAUAACUGAUGCGAGAGAAUGGAAACCUGUACAUUAUGCAUCUUUUCAUGGACGACUUGGCUGUUUGCAACUUCUAGUUAAAUGGGGAUGUGGCAUAGAAGAUGUGGACUACAAUGGAAACCUCCCAGUUCACUUAGCAGCCAUGGAAGGCCACCUUCACUGUUUUAAAUUUCUACUCAAUAGAAUGAACAGUGCAACACAAGCUUUAAAAGCCUUCAAUGACAAUGGAGAAAAUGUGCUGGACCUGGCCCAGAGGUUCUAUAAGCAGAACAUUUUACAGUUUAUCCAGGGGGCUGAGUAUGAAAGAAAUGAUCCAAAAGAUCAGGAAAGUUUAGCAUUUCCAGGUCAUGUGGCUGCCUUUAAGGGUGAUUUGGAAAUGCUUAAGAAAUUAAUAGAAGAUGGCGUAAUCAAUAUUAAUGAACGUGAUAAUAAUGGAUCAACUCCUAUGCAUAAAGCUGCUGGACAAGGCCACAUAGAAUGUUUGCAGUGGAUAAUUAAAAUGGGAGCAGACAGUAAUAUUACCAACAAAGCAGGGGAGAAGCCCAGCGAUGUGGCUAAGAGGUUUGCCCAUUUAGCAGCAGUAAAGCUAUUAGAAGGGCUACAGAAAUAUGAUAUAGAUGAUAAUGAAAUUGAUGAAGAUGAUAUGAAGUGUUUUAUAAGACAUGGUGUUGAGGGAAGCACUGAUGCUAAGAAUGAUUUAUAUCUUAAUGAGUCGGAUAAAACAGAUGCCAGAAUGAGAGCCUAUAAGAAAAUUGUAGAAUUGAGACGCCUCCUGGAAAUUGCUGAGAGCAACUAUAAACACUUGGGAGGGAUAACAGAAGAAGACCUAAAGCAGAAGAAAGAACGGCUGGAGUCUGAAAAGACUAUCCAAGAGCUGCAGGGCCAGCUGCAGUACGAACGACUGCGGAGAGAAAAACUAGAAAGUCAGCUGGAUGAGUGUCGAGCAGAGGUGGAUCAGCUCAGGGAGACCCUGGAAGAAAUUCAGGUCCCCAAUUUCAUGCCGGCGGAAGAUGACUCUUCUUUUGAGUCAAGCAAAGAGAAGAAGCGAGUGAAGAAGAAAGUGUCUUCUGGGGGCGUUUUUGUGAGAAGGUACUAAUCAAUGAAAGGAAUUUAAAUAAACUUGCUUGAUUUCUCUCUUUUA